ACCCAUAUCAUUGUAAGAAAUGUUUAGGAAGCUCAUUCCAGACAACCGGUCCCAGAACCAACUAGGAACGUCACCCGAAAUUCCAGAAGCUGAAAAAUCAAGGUCAGAAAUAUUAUGCUGGUUCCACAGCCCGUUUGGGAAUUGAGGACCCAAUUUACAGUGGGUAAAACGGACGAGAUCCAGUUGAAAAGGGGCGAUCCAAUCUGAACUGACUCGAAUAUGUAAUUGAGCAUUAUAAGAGAGGUCCAACUCACGUAAUUGUGAGAUCCUGAACAGAUGAGCUUCAGAUAUUGUGCCUUCGAGCUGAUUGAAAUCGAGGUACAACUUCUCAAGUUUGGAAAGGCGUCCGAGUUUUUGGCCAAAAAUAUCCCUUAUGUUUAGGGGUAGGCUUAACUUUGUCCUUUAAAUAGAACCUUGACCACUAUAUAUCCUUUAAGUUUGCAAAACCUGAGCACAUUUAGUCUCACUAACAGAGAACUCCACCUCCCGUUAGAAAACUAACUGAGAUAUAACAUGUGAUCUGCACGUGAUUCUUGAAGGGGAAAAAGGCGUGCUUUUCCACCCAAAGUGGUAGAUUUCCCUCCUCUCUCUCAAAAACCUUUCUUCUCCAAUUCCCUUUUCAUCUUUGUUUCAGAGCUAAAAAAUCACGGCCUUCUUGAAAUCACUUCAAAUCUUCACUACUUUGGUUCACCCAAUCAAUGAUUCUUAGGAGCAUCAAUGGUGCAAGAAACCCUAGUUAUGAUCCUCUAUACGAGCCAGAAUAUUUUACCAUUAAAAUAACACAUGGUGGUAUAAUGAAACACAAGCCUACAAGAUAUCAUGUUGGGGGCCAUGUGGACUUUAUUGACGAUGUGAAUAUGACCGAAUUGAAGCUAUCAGUAUUCAAAUCAAUGGUUGAAUUAUGUGGUUAUACGAAUGACUCAGUUACUUUUUGGCACGAGUUCGGAAGGUUAGGUGACAAAAUGAGGCAUGUUUCAACUGAUAUGGAAGCUACUGUUGUUGCAAAAAAUAUCCUAAAGAUCGAGUAGUUGAGGUAUACUUUGAACAUUUGGACUCGUAUAAUGAAAUGGGUAUUGAGGAUGUUAUGUACAGGGGACCAAGAAACUCAAGUGUUAAAACUCAAGCAAUUGUUGAAGAACAUCAUAAUGAAGUUGGAGGUGAAAAUUCUUCAAACAGUGAAGAUUUUGAAGAUUCAGAAAAUGACUUGUCAGAUGAAAAUGAUUUAUCAGAAAGAAUUACAAAUGAAAAGCGUAGACAUGAGGUUAGUGAAGAAUUACAGAGAAAGUUGUAUGCCGAAGAA